AUGAUCAAAUUCGAAAGGUCUGAUCUUAAAAUUGCUAAAGGAUCAUACUUCUCAUUUACUAACGGUACAAUUGAUGACUUUUGUUUGUUAUCGUUAGAAAAUUCGGUAUUUUUAAGUACAACGAUCGAUCACAUUAUCGGAUUGCGUGAUAUAUUACCAUCAUUAACCGAAAACAUGUAUUCUAAUAGUCAAUAUGAACCAGAUUUUUUGAUUUACGCCGAAAGCUCAUUUUAUCAUACAUCAGCACCAAAUCCAGUCAUUUAUGAUCCAAAUUUACGCGAUCUUGCAUUUAAUUUCGGUGAAGUUUAA